AUGGAAGCCAUGAUGCAGAAGCAGGACAGGUUAUCUCCGUCCGUGUCUGAUACGGCUCAUCCAGGCAGCAUCAGCAGCCAAAGCACUCUUGUGACGCAGACGCUGGGGUCACAGCCCUCCAACGUCAGAGACGAUCUACACGCAACAACGUCCAACUUCAACGGCGCACAGCUGUCGAUGAAUAUGGAAACCUCGUUGCUCGAGAACCCCCCCUCAGUAUCCUUUGCAUCAGGAAAGCUUGUGCCGUCAUACCAAGAUCCGACCCCUUCAGCCAGCCAAGAUCUGGCCAAAACGGUGCAAGAGCCCGUACAAGACUUUUCAGAUGGGCAUAUUGGGUCUAGAGGGGACUCCGACGCUGCAAAUUCGGACAAGGAAGCCACUAUCCUUGCUCCCCAGGUGGUGAACUGGGAACAUCAUGCAUACUUCGAGGACUCGUUCGACUCGACUCUCGGCAUUGUGUACAGGCCUGAGUUUGAGAGUGCUCUUCGAGCCCACUUCCGUGGAGACCUGGUGUCAGGCGAUGAUGCUCCCUGGUUCGCCUUGCGCAAAACCGUGUAUGCCUCGGGGUGUCGAAUCUACCUUUCCAAAAACACGUCAAUGAGUUUCACUGAGAUCCAGACCGAAGCAUGGGGCUAUUUUCAGAGUGCCAUGUCUGUCCUCCUCGAGCUAAUUUUCGCCCCCACGGGUUUGCUCGCUGUGCGCGCCCUGGUCGCAAUGACCUUUUUCGCUGAAGGGCUCGGCAAUCCCGCCGUUGAGUAUAUGUUCUGUACCGCCGCAGCACGAGUGGCUCAAGCAAAAGGACUACAUCGGCGACCGGCCAAAGCCUGGAACCUGGCUGCUCAUGAUGAACUACACUAUAGCUGGUUGUUCUGGGCUAUAUACUGCUGCGAGAAGCAUAUUGCUCAUCGCUCUGGACGACCGUCUGCCAUCGACGACGACGAGAUUAGCUGUCAGAUUCCAACUGAAGCCUGCCCUGGAAGCACCCUUGACGUGGAGGCAUUCACAUAUCUUAUCCAACAUGCCCAGAUAUCGUCUCAGAUUUCCAAGCGACUCAUGUCGGUGAAGGCCUUUCGACAGCCGCCAAGCACGCUCCUUGAAACUGUUGCUCAGUUGGAUCAUCAGCUGCACGAAUGGAGGGAUUCUCUUCCGGCAAGAUUGAGACCUGAAGACCGCCUCAGAUCUUUUCAGGCUCCUCGUGACUCCCGAAAUCUCCCUACAAUCCUUAUGCACUGCGCUUACUACGGGAGCUUGAUGGCCAUACACACUAUCUUUGCCUACCCGUGGGUGUACAGCACCAUUUUUGGGAAUGGCAGGGGUGUUGUUACUCAAGAUCAAGUCAUUUUCAGCUCGAACACGGUCGCAGAAGCCGCAAGGAACAUCAUCAUCAUUGCCAGAAGUCUGGAGAUCAACGGAGCAUCAAUCCAAUGGUCAACCUUCUACUACCCCAUGAUUGGACUUAUCAACCUUUUCAUACACAUUCUCAAAUUCCCGUCUCUGCCCUCUGCGCGAUCUGACGUUGCCUUGCUCGACGUGGCGGCUGGCUACUUUGGACACAUGGAAUUCAUCACAUGCUCGGAGCUCAACUUUCCCUUUGCUCGAGACGUUGCCACGGUUGCUCGACAGACGGUCAAUAAGGCUUCGAAGACCGACGUCCCUGCAAGCACGAGUGCGGACGACGGCUUCAGUCUGGCAAACGAUGUGGACAUUCCUUUUGGGGAUAUCUUUUGCGCCAGCCAGGACUUCAACCUUGACGAUUGGAGCGUCUUCUCCUCAGUGUUCUCUGACGAAGCACUGAUGAAUCGAGAGAUCGGUUUCUGA